UGCUACACACGUGCGAUGAUCACUGUGUGGAGCCAAGCAUCCAGUUGGCAAGCAUUCCUUGUAUCGAGCCUCAUCCUUCCCUCGACACCAUUCGUCAACCAUGCCCACCAACUUCCCAGCAGGAGUAGCAGCAGGAGCUGUGCGAUGAACAGACGUCGCCCGUCGCCCACAACGGCAAUACCUCGCCCGUUGCCAUCCCUUGCUACUGCUGAUGCCGACGUAAAUGCAGCCGGGCAGCAGUCGGCGGUGGAUGAGCUUUGGUGGGAGGAGGGGGGUGCGGUGCAGUCGCUGGAGAUCGCUUGCAGGGAUGCGAAGGGGAGCGAGCUUGAUCCGUGGUUUCUGAGCGAGCUCCUGAUGGACGUGGGUGCGAUGUCGGUGUCUGUUGACGAUGCGGACCUGGGCACGGGGGCCGAAGUCCCGCUAUUGCACGAGCACACCAACUCGAAGGCAUUCGACCCGAGCGUCCCCUUACCGUCAGUCUCCGGGAGGAAAGACAUGUGGGGGGGCAGCAGUCGGGUCGUGGCGCUCUUCCCGAGAGAAUGGGACUUAGCCGGAGUCGUGGCUACUGUCGAAGAGGUGCUGGAGCUGGCCUCUCCGCUGUCUUUCAAAGUGGAUGAUGUCGUGGACAAGGAUUGGGUUAAGACCGUUCAGGAAGGCUGGGACCCCAUCGAGGUCGGACGGUUACGCAUUCGAUUUCCGUGGCAUACCCCUCUUCCCCCCUCCGAGCUCAAACCUGGCCAGGUGGAGCUAGAGCUAGAGGGAGGGAGGUCCUUCGGGACAGGCGAGCAUCCGACAACCUCCAUGUGCUGCACGUGGCUGGAAGACAACGUUGCCGGGCAGCGGGUGUUGGACUACGGUAGCGGCAGCGGAAUAUUGGGCCUGGCGGCGCUCUCCUUUGGCGCCGUAGAGGCCGUUGGCGUAGAGCUCGACCUGAGUGCCAUCGCCAGUGCUGCGGUAAAUGCUGCCAACAACGGCCUCAAAAUGGACACGUACUAUCCCCAAGAGGUCGGUACCGGUGAUGGAUUGGACCUUGUCCUGACGAAGCUUGCCGUGUCGGAGAAAGCGACGGAAGAGCCAUCCGAAGACGCGAUGGAGCCACCGUCGGUGGCGGACGGGUUCCCAAUUUCUACCGAAGAGCUUGGAGCGUUUGACGUCACGGUCGCCAACAUCCUUGCAGGCCCCAUCAUCAGACUCCAGCCCGUGUUUGCGUAUUUGACGCGUCCAGGUGGCAAGCUGGCGCUCUCGGGGGUUCUACAAGAGCAGGCAGGUGCGGUGCUCUCAGCCUACGCGGAAAGCUUCGACUUGGAAGUGACGGAGAGCAUGGGGGGGUGGGUGCUUCUCUCCGGUGUGCGACGCGGAGCCUAG